AUGCGUGAUAUUUAUUUACAACAAUUAUCAAAACAAUUUCAAUUUGAACAUUUGCCUAAAAAUUUAAAUUUUGAGGCGAAAAAUGAAGAAAAUAAAAAAUCCUCUUCAAAUGAGCAACUCAUUUCUCUCAAAUUGGAAUUGGAUAAUUCACAGAAAAAUGUUCAGACACUACAAGAACAGCUUCAAAUAACUUCUUUACAGGCUAAUUCUCGAUUGAAAAUGGUUGAGGAAGAGUUGGAAACUACUCGUGCUAGAUUUAACGAAAUUUGUUCUCUCAAAGAUUAUUUAGAGGAAAGUUUGCGUAUUGCACAAGCUACUAUUGAAAAGAAUAAUUUGAUAAAUGAUAUUUCUGUGGAAGAUCAACAACAGUCUUCACCAACAGAACUUGAAUCAUUAAAACAACAAAUUUCUAAUUUAUUAUUAGAAAAAGAGCAACAAUUAAAUUUAAAUAAACAAACUUUGGAUAAACUUGAAGAAGAAAAAAAUGGGCAAAUUGAAGAAUUAAAAAGUGAAUUGAAUGAGGCAAUUGAAAGAAUUGGAGAAUUGGAGAAAGAUAAAAUUAUUAGAGGAAAUAUUGAUCAGGAUGCCAGUACCCUUUCAAUUCAAUUACAAAAUGAAAAAGCAACAGUUUCAAGAGCUAUAGCUCAAAAUCUCGAAUUAAAAACUCAACUUGGAGAACUUCAAAAUCGUUUAGUUCAAGUAAUUAAUUCUUCUGCAGAAAAAGAAGAUGAACGUUUAACAGCAUUAAAUUCAGUUUCUAAAUUGACACAGGCUUUGAAUGAAUUGAAGGAGGAAAAGGAAAAAGAGGAAAAUUUGAAGGAAUUGGUUGAAAAGCAAAUACAAACUGACGAGGAGGGAAUUAGUGAAGUGAAUUUACAAAGUUUGGAAAAUAAAAAUGUGGAUCAAUCUUCGACUUUACUUUCUUCAGACACAUUUGCUUCAAAUGAUUCAUUAAUGGUUCACGUCCCAUCAUCAGACCAAGUCUCUAGUAUUGAGACGGAAUUAAGCGAAGAAAAUGUUGAGUAUGAAGGAAGAGUACGAUUUGAAGAAAAUGGAGGAGGUGAUGAAGAGGAAGAUACGGAGGGGAAAGAGAAGAGGCAAAAUGAAGAGGAAGUGAAGAAAACGGCAAUGGAAGGAGAAUUGAAAGGGAAGGAAGCGAAGAAAAAUGAAGAGAAAGAAGAAGCGGUAGAUGAAGAGAAUAAUCGUCAAAAACUCCAAAAACGUUUAGAACAACUUUGCCAAGAAAACGAGCAAUUUCGAUUAGACAAUCAAAAACUACAGUAUUGGCUAACUGCUGUAGAAACAGAAAAUGAGUCGAUUGGAGAAUAUGUUGCUUUGUAUAGAUUUCAAAGAGGAAAUGUACAAAAAAGAAUUGCUGAAAAUGAGGCUAUGCUUAAAGAAUAUAAAAAACAGAAUUUUGAGUUGAUGACCCAAUUAUCAACUGUUUGUAAUUCUUUAAAUUCCUUUUUGAUGACUGAAUGUACUGAAGUUGAAGACAGCCAAAAAUCUGAGGAAGAAAAUAAUUUAAUUAAUAAAGACAGUCAUAAUAAUGAAUUAGUGAAUGAUAGACAUAAACAAAUUGACAAUUUAAGGAAAAUUAUGGAGACUUUGCAGAAGAUAAUGACAGUAGACCAAAAAGCCUCUUCUGAGGCAACCUGUUCUGGUUCUAAUAGUGGUGGCGGUGGUGCUAGUAAUUUACAAGCCUGUUGUACAGGUUGUGUUGGGUGUAGAGGGGAAAUAACUACCCUGUGA